ACUUGAACUGCUACCUGCUCAACCAUUUACUUGUUUUUUGUAUUUUUAUAUGCACUUUGUCUUUUUGACGUCACGGCGCCGUAAUUCAAACUUCAGGAAGCGUAAAGGAGAAACGGUUUUCCUGUCUGACACACAGACGGAGGAUUUUUACAUCGAAGCGACUAUUCUGUUCAUAAGCCCAACUCCUGUGAGCUGCAAUGACCUCGAAAGGCGCAAAAGACACCAUUGUGGCCAAACUGGGCUUCAAAUCUGGCAGUUCGGCCUCCAAAGCAGAAGCAGAAGUGGAGAAAGUUAAAAGGGAGAAUGCUCACCUCAGGAAAAAGAUUGACGAACUGGCCAAACGACACAUCAGACCGCCCGACUCGGACAAAAGCAAGCUGCUGGAAAGGAUUGUUUCACUGGAGACGCUUCGAGAGAGGCACAAUCAACAGAUUCUGGUCAAAGAGCAAGAAUUGGAAGUUGUGAGACAGCAGCUGAAAGCUGAGGGCGGAGAGGUGGUGGCGGCGCUGCAGUCCCAGCUGGACCAGCGGCGGAAAGAUGCGGAGCAAAGAGACCUGCAGUUUCAGACUCUGUCGCAGGAGACGGAGAACCUGAAAAACAAGCUGGCCACCGUUUCCGCCCGCUGCCAGUCCCUGGAAACACAAGCAGGGAAUGGACAGACGCCCCCCGCAGACCUGGCCUUGGUACAAGACCAGCUGAAAGAUGCGCUGGAGAAGAACCAGCAGUGGCUGGUGUACGACCAGCAGCGGGAGGCCUUCGUUCAGUCGGUCCUGGCCCGAACGCACGAGCUGGAGCAGCAACAGCAGCAGCAGCUCAACCGGGGGGCCAAGCAGCAGGACGCCGCCGCCACAAACGAGGCCGCUUCCGGCCGCUCCGAGAAGGAAACUCAGCUGGUGAAAGAGUUGGAGAAGCAGCUUGAAAGAACGCAGCACGAGCUCCAAACGCAGAAGGAGCAGAAUAUUCAAAGAUGCGCCGAUGUGCAGCACCAAUCUGAACAGGUCGCCAAACUCCAGGAGGAAAUGUCGUCGCUGCAGCGGCGCUUCGACGCCAAGUGCGAUGAGCUGGUGUUCCUCCAGAGGAAGUACAAGGAUUGUGGCAAAGAGCUGGAGGGGGCUCGGGCGCAGCUGCAGACGGAGCGUCUCAGUAACAGACAUGCCGUGUCUGAGGAAAGGCAGGUGUCGUCGGAGCGAGCAGACAGGAUGAGAGCCGAGCUGGAAAGCGCCGACUUCAGACUGGAGGAGGAACGGAAGAGAUCUGCCGAACUUCUUCUUCAAAUCAACCUGCUGCAGAAGUCUCUCCUGAGCCAAAACGAAGACCAGAGGAGGACGGCGGCACUGGAGCAACAGAUCCAGCUCUCUGUCAAAGAUUUUGAGAACGAGAAGCUGGACCGCCAGAGCGUCCAGCACCAACUUCAUAAGGUCCUCAAGGAGCUCCGCAAGGCCCGUGAUCAAAUCGCCAAACUGGAGUCCGCUAAGCAGCCAAACAGUCGCUUCUCGGAGCCCAGCUCGUACAGCAAACUGGAACUCGAGUACUUAGCCAUCGAUGACCCCCGCUCGCCCGCGUCGCCCUCCUCCAAAGCGGGCGGCCUCCUGGACGAGAGCUUCCUGGAGUGCCCCAAUUGUCGUGCCCACUACCCCACCAGCCGCCACCGUGAGCUCCUGGCUCACAUCGACUUCUGCUUGGCCUGAAUACCCUCAACCUUUAUCACGUAAUCAUGACAAAGAAAUCUCCAUUUUUUUUUAGACAGGCGUGUAUUUUUGUCUUAUUUAUUCUUUGGGCUGGUUUUCCAGUGGGCUACCUUCUUUUUAGGGUAACUGUUUUUUUAUAUUUUUAAAUAUAUAUAUCUGUCUUGUAAAUGUUAGCAAUGGUGAUUUUUUUUUUCGUGUAUCAUCAUGGGACAAUAUAUUUUUUGGUGAAAUAUAACUUUGAUAAGGAUAAUUACGCUGUUCCUGCCAAACAAAUAAUUUUUAAAAAUCAUGGCACGACCCUGAAAAUUUUUUUCAGGGUCGUGAAAAAAAAAAUUUUUUUUCAAAAAAAAUUUUUUUUUCAAAAUUUUUUUUGGGGGAAAAAUAUUUUUUUUUUGGAAAAAUAUUUUCAAGGCUGUAACAAAAAAAUGACCAUUAUAUUACAGUUAGCAUCAUCAGACCUUUUUGCUAACUUACAACACAGUUUAAUACUCUUUUUCCCCAUAGUGUGUGUAUGUAUGUAUAUGAGAGUGACAAGGUGAAAAGCUCUGAGCAAUGAUCUUUUUUUUUUUUUUUAAUCAUCAUGGCACAAAGAUAAAGAUCAUCACUCCAUUCCGGCCUCGGUACUAUUUCCAAAAAAUAAUGUCCCAACAUCAUGGAGGCAGCUUGAUAAAAUCCAUCUCCACCUUGACUUGUCAUACCUUUGCAGCCCUGCGAGGCAGCAACAAGAUUGCAUUGAGUUAAUUCCUUGUACCAAACUAUUUAAGGCAGAGGAUUAGCGGCGGUCCUCUCUCGGUCAGAUGUCUUUAUUCCUGCCGCCACCUCGGCAGUUUGACUCUCGGGGAAAGAAGUUUUACAAAUUUUAUUUUGGAGAACUCCAAAAUUUUACUUUGUGUGUAUUUUGUUGUAGUGUACUGUGCAAUAAAGUGGUGGAUCUACUUCAUAACGAUUUUUUUGUAUGCUUUCUCCCAAAAAUAAUGCAAU